AUGGUCUCUGUACAGCGCUUGGUCGCGGCCACUAGCUCGACAGCCAUCCGGCUAGCAGCAUUUGUGUUUCUGAGAUGGAUCCCGGGUCACCACUUCGUGCCACUGGUCUUCACCUCGCUAGUGGUCUAUCUGUCGUCGAUCGCCUCUCUGGGACGGGCCGCCCAGCCCCGUGGGCGCCGGGCCAAUCAAUCACAAACGGACAUACGCAAUCGAAAGUCAGUCUCUGAUCCAGCGCAAUCCGGUGAUUCCGUUUUCAAGACCCUGUUGGGAGGGCUACCUCACACCAAGUUGAAGUGGUUGACGUACACAACGGUUGUGAUCAACGUUGUUUUAACACUGCUGUGCUUGGACUUUUUGACUCGCGGUCAUCUGCUUUAUCCCAACGACGAUAUCGCAUUCUCGCGCAUUGGAUAUGUCUCCCCCACCACAGCAAAUCUGGUCUUCCGUGAGCCAGAGGCAGCUCACCUGCCGGUGUCAGUCAUGUACCAGGAAGCCACUGGGGUCUUUGAGACUUGGCAUGAAGAGGGCAUCGUUUACAGCCUGGAUAACAGCACAGACUUCACCGUUUCUGUGACUAUCCAGAAUUUGAAGCCCUCGACGUCAUACCGUUAUUCACUGUCUAACAAUAGAUCUGGCACAUUCGUGACUUCACCGAAACCCGAGUCUCCAGAGGCCAGUCGGCUGUCUUUCGUCACGUCAAGUUGCUUGAAGCCAAAUUUCCCGUACAACAUACUAUCGCACCCACUACGCGUGCCAGGGAUCGAGCUGAUGACCGAUGUUCUCGCCAAAUUGCCCGAAUUGCUUCGUCCCACAUUCAUGCUCUUCCUGGGUGAUUUCAUAUACAUUGAUGUUCCCUACCGCUUCGGGUCAUCCAUGUCCCAUUACCGCAGCGAGUAUCGACGGAUUUACUCAUCGCCUUCCUGGUCCUACGGGCCUGCAGAGAGCCGCGCUAUCGACCUUCCCUGGCUACACACGUUGGACGAUCACGAGAUAGAGAAUGACUGGUCUCAGGGAAAUACGACAUCCCCAUAUCCUGAAGCAGCAGACCCCUUCAUUCACUAUCACGUAGCGGCCAACCCACCCAUACCGUCCACCCCAGUUGCCGACCCUCACAACGUAACCUACUUCACUUUCACCAACGGCCCGGCCUCCUUUUUCAUGCUUGACACUCGCACGUAUCGCACAGAGCCAGCACAGGAAAACUCUACCAUCCUUGGCCAUGCUCAACUCCAUUCACUGCUCACAUACAUCUCCACUCCAGAACGGCCAGGUAUUCAUUGGAAGAUUGUAUCGUCAAGCGUCCCUUUCACCAAGAACUGGCAUGUUGGCACAACGGACACAUGGGGCGGGUUUACAGAUGAGCGACGCAUCGUGUUCGAAGCAAUGUGGCGUGCCGAGAGAGAAUUAGGCGUUCGUAUCAUCCUUCUCAGCGGCGAUAGGCAUGAAUUUGCCGCCACCAGGUUCCCCGACCCGGCCUUGAGCCUCUCCGCCGAAGACCUGCAGCCCAACUCGCCGGGGCUCGGCUUGCAUGAAUUCAGUGUCGGUCCGCUAAGCAUGUUCUAUCUUCCUGUCCGCACUUAUCGCCAGACGGACGAUGAGGACGUGACGGUGAAGUAUGCACCGCAGGGGAACAGCAAGUUUGGAAUCAUUGACAUUGUUGACGAUGUCGAAGAUGCGGACCCCAGCGCUGUGGCGCCGGUUCCUGUGCGUAGCUCCGUACUUACGUACUCGCUUUAUGUGGAUGGUGAGGUUGCUUGGAAGUAUCGGCUGAGUGUUCCGUUGGAUCAGGACGCCAUUGCCCACGCAUCCCUGUCUGAUUCCGCCAAAGCCUCGCGGCUGCCAUCUGGUCGUGUCAUCGAGGAUAAUAUUUCGGAGUUGGGAUGGGAUGUUGUGCUGGGGUCAGCUGUUGGGAGAGUACCAGAACUGGCUAUUUGGGCUCUUGGUAAAUGUCAGGAUGUCUACUUUGACCUUCUGGAACGAGUGCAGAAAGCCGAGAGGCUUAGUUGA